AUGCCGCCCCGAUCGACGAUUGCCGCCGCUGCGCCCUCCAUGUGCCCGUGCCUCCGGCCUCUCCCCCUGCAGCCCAGUCUCGCCCUGCUCGGCGCCUCCACUCGGGACCGCCCGCGGCCACCACCGCCGGCCACCUCAGCCACUUGCGCCCGCCUCCGACGCGCCGCCUCCCGCUCGUCCCUGCAGCCGCCGGCCACCGCAGCCACCUGCGCCUGCCUCCGACGCGCCGCCUCCCGCUCGUCCCUGCAGCUGCCGCCCCGCCGUUGCCUCGUCACGCCGCCCUCAUCCGCGCUUGGCCGCGCCCCGGCUCGCCAGCGCGCCCACGCCCCACUGCUCCCGCUGCCCCGCCGCGCCGCCCCGCUCCGGCCACGGUCGCCGGCAUUGGGCCACGCGCCGGCCCCUUCCUCCCUGGCCACGCGCUCACGCACCGGCGCACGCGCCCGCACCACCAGGGCGAAGCCCCGGUUAGCCCCGCGCCCACACCCGCUAAGGAGCGCCCGCUAG